AUGGCACCCUCUUCAGGGCUGCAGACCUCUACUACCUUCAGCUCCGCGCCCGGUGGUGACCAUAGUAUACCGCCUCUGGCCCGUUCGGUCACAGCACCGACUCCCUCCCGGACCAUUGCUGCUACAGGUAGUCGCCCACUACUACCACUACCACAGCAGCAGCAGCAGCAAGUCCAGCCGGGGCGUCCAGAUCCCUCGCAUCUUGCGCCAGAGGAUGCCUUCCUCGCGGCGUCACCCCCAACCCGAUGGAAUGGUUUCGAGUCGACCUCGAAUGGGACCAGCCAUGUGGUCUCGCGGCGUCUGCGGAUGCGCAGCAAGGAGCCCGGCAGCAGGAGUCAAAGCCGAAGGAGAAAGAGGCCGUGGAAGAAGUUGCUAUGGGUGAAGCAGUCAUACCCGGAUAAUUUUACCGAUCAAGCGACAUUCCUCGAGAACCUCCAGCGCAAUCCCCGGCUCAAGCCUUACGAAUUUUGGCCUCUGGUUGCCGACUCGACGGUUAUCGUCCAGCAUGUCUGCACCGUCAUCAUAUUCGUUGUAUGCUUCGUAGGCAUCCAUCUGCAGCGUGUGAGCCCCGUGGCCGUUGUCGGCUGGGGCAGCAUCGCUACAUCCGCUGGUUGGAUUCUGUGGGACUGGUGGGUGGGCAAGGAGACCGAGAACGACGACCUCGAGGGUCUGCAUAGGACGAGAUCCAUCAACGCAAGUCGAUACCGCCGGUCGACUCGGCUCCAACACGACGAGAAGAGAAACUCAGGAGUGGGCGGCAGUGGCAACGGAGGACAGACAGAGGACUUGGUUCCGACAUCGCAAGCUACGACGGCAACAAACAGCAGCGUGUCUACCUUGCCAUCAGCCGAGAACUCGACCACCAACCUGCUCAGCCCGCCGGCCAGCAGCCAUAUACAGCUGUCGAGCGCCACCAGCAGCGCCGCGAAUCAUGUACUCUCCUCUAGGCCCUAUUCCACGUCAGCAUCGUCACUUGUAUCUGCAGCAUCCCAAGGAAGCAUGGCCGGCACAAAUACCGGACGUACCACAUCGCGGCGCACGUCUUCACCUACCGACCGGUCCAGUCUAUCACCACCGCGACACAGGCCUUCUUCUCCUCUGCGAGGCGGCCGAGCCCACCUCCGCAUGAACACCAUCAAGUCUGCCAUUCUCAUCUACUUUACAUUGCUGGGUCUCUCUCCUAUCCUCAAAUCCCUGACCAGGUCCACAUCCUCCGACAGCAUCUGGGCCAUGUCCUUCUGGCUUCUUACCAUCAACAUCUUCUUUUUCGACUACUCGGGAACCUGGGUCGGCGUAAACAAGUUCCCGGUGGCCUCGCUUUCUACCAAUGCCGCACUGAUGGCAUCUACCGUGCUCGCGAGCCGGCUGCCCUCCACAGGGGAGGUGUUCAGCCUGACGCUCUUCUCCAUCGAGGUCUUUGGGCUGUUCCCCGUCUUCAGACGCUACGCCCGCCACCGCUCCUGGCGAUACCACGUCGUCCUGACAGUGCUGCUCGUUCUCGGUGCUGGCGGCGGCGUGGGCAUGAUCCUCGGCGCAGCAGACUGCGAGACGCCUGCUGCCUGCGGGGCCGCCCCUUGGCCGUGGAAAAGCGGUCUGUUGGGUAUGGUCGUAGGCUGUCUGAUUUCUGCGGUCGCUAUGGGCGGGUGCAGCUGGUGGUUGAUUGGGUUGCAGAAAUACAAGAACGAAAUCUAUGGACCGUGGGAUCCUGCGAGGCCGAUUAUUAUCAGUAGGAGGCACUGGGAUGGUGAUUGA